GCGGGGCCGGCCGGGGGGCGGGGCCCGGCGGCGGGGGAGGCUGUUUAAAGUGGCGCUUGCGGGAUGGCGGAGCCGGCGGACUAUCCCCCGUUCCAGCUGGGGAAGCCGCGCUUCGAGCAGACUUCAUUUUAUGGCAGAUUCAGGCACUUCCUGGACAUCAUCGACCCCCGCACCCUCUUUGUGACCGAGAGCCGCCUGAAGGAAGCGGUGCAGCUGCUGGAGGAUUACAAACACGGCACUCUGCCCCCAGGAGUCACCAACAAAGAGCUGUGGGGAGCUCAAAAAAUCAAACAGGCCAUCAUCCACCCCGACACCAACGAGACCAUCUUCAUGCCUUUCCGAAUGUCAGGUUACAUCCCCUUUGGAACGCCCAUCGUUGUUGGUCUCCUCCUGCCCAACCAGACCCUGGCCUCCACUGUGUUUUGGCAGUGGUUGAACCAGAGCCACAACGCAUGUGUGAACUAUGCAAACCGCAACGCGAGCAAGCCUUCUCCGACAUCCAAGUUCAUCCAGGGCUACUUGGGAGCUGUCAUAAGUGCUGUCUCAAUAGCAGUGGGCCUUAAUGUUCUGAUCCAGAGAGCAAACAAGUUUACCCCGGCCACUCGGCUGCUGAUCCAGAGGUUUGUGCCAUUCCCCGCCGUCGCCAGUGCCAACAUCUGCAACGUGGUCCUGAUGAGGCACACGGAGCUGGAGGAAGGAAUCGAUGUGCUGGACAAUAACGGGAACAUCGUCGGCUCGUCCAGGGUUGCUGCCAAACACGCCCUGCUGGAAACAGCCCUGACCAGAGUGGUCCUGCCCAUGCCUAUACUGGUUCUACCUCCCAUCAUCAUGUCCGUGCUGGAGAAGACGCGGCUGCUGAGGGCCCGGCCCCGGAUGCUGCUCCCGGUGCAAAGCCUCGUGUGCCUCGCUGCCUUUGGCCUGGCCCUGCCGCUGGCCAUCAGCCUCUUCCCGCAGAUGUCCGAGAUCGAGACGUCCCAGCUGGAGCCGGAGAUCGCCAUGGCCACCACCAGUAAGACUGUGGUCUACAACAAAGGCUUGUGAGGGGAAGAGGAGCACCCCAGCCCAGGAGGUCUGGGGAGGGAAGAGGGGAAGCUCCAGCCCUGGGAGAAAGCAAACAACAACAAGAAGAUGAAAUAACAGAGCUCAGUGAUAGGAACCGCUCCCGGCAGCCCGGGAGUGAACUAACACCUGCCGAGAACUGACACCUCACACCACUCAAAAAGAUCCAUAUUAAAAGUUUUAACUUAGCAACAGGAGCAGCAACUACAACAAAUAAAAUCACGUUGAACCACUUUA